AUGGCAGUGAGUAGGCUGACUUUUCUCCUCUACCCCACGGAGCUCACUUUUUGUAAGUCUGUGGAGACCAAGGAGGUUGGGCUGGAAAUCCUGAAGCAGAGUAUAGAGAAAGAGCAUUUCCCUGAUUUGACUGGCCAUGAGAAAUUUUGGCUUGGUAAUGUCAAAUACAACAUCUCAAGGAUACAUGUUACUGCUGUUGAAUUACCCAGUGCUUCCAUCUCCCUCCUACCAGGGUCUGGGAUAAAACUGGUGAUUGGAAAUGCUUCUCUAACCAUUGAUAUGAACUGGAACAUAAGGACCUGGAUGUUCAAAGACAGUGGAAGAGGCACAGUGCACAUUUCAAAAGUGUUUGUCACUGCAAUCUUUUCAAUACCCCUGGAUAAUGCAUGCCCUACGUCAAUAGCCCUCACCAGCUGCCGGACAACCGGUGAUGUAGAUAUCAAGCUGAAUGGGAAAACUGGCUUCCUGCCUAACUUCUUUAUCAAGUAUCUGAAGAAGCCCAUUCACAGGAGCUUGGUCACUAAUUCGUGUCCCAAUAUCAGAGCUGGGGUCCAGUUGAUAGAUGGAGACCUCCGAUCACCGAAUGCUGUAAUGCAGAUUGAUGAUUUGGCUGAAGUGGACUACUCCUUAAGUGGCUUGCCAGCAGUAUUCCAACCAUUCAUUGACCUGGACUCAAAGACCUGCAGCUAUUUUAAUAUAAACACAGAGAUAUUUAGCAGUAUCAUCCCUGAGGUAGCUAAAUAUUCAGUUACACCCUACCCAGUGAUGUUGAAGCUAAUGCCUACUGAAAUCCCUAUCAUCAGCUUACAGCAGAAUUCCUUCAUGGUAGAGAUUCAGGGCUCUGUGGAGGUGUUGGCCAUUCUGCCAGACUCAACCACCCAGUCUCUGUUCACACUGAACAUAGCAGCCAACACCAGUAUUUCGCUGAAUAUUUUUAAUCAGAAAUUCAUGGGCUCGCUAUGUUUGAACAGGAUUCAGUUCUCCCUAGCCCACUCCAAUGUUGGCUCUUUUGAGGUCUUGCUUCUGGAGAACAUCCUAUCUUACAUUUUACAGACUGAAGUAAUUCCAUCAGCUAAUGCUAAACUGUCAAAGGGAUUCCCUCUUCCCAAUCUGGCCAAUGUUACCUUGACAAGACCUCACAUUACAAUUGUACAGGGAUAUGUGUUGAUUUCAACUGAUGUCCACGACAAACACUAAAGGAGAAGAGAGACCACCUGUUAAGCAUGAACUUCAAAUCAAGUCAAUAAUGUGACUCUGAAGACUAGACACUGUCCAAUUCUGCUGAAAUGUUUAGCUUGAGCUCUGACAGCCUCCAUUCUGGCUGGGGGCAAGAGGGGGUGCUGGGAAUCAUAAAAAGCUGAUUGAAUGGUUAGCUGGUGUAAUGCUGGUAACAAGCAGACCCAAGGGAAUAUAUGUAACGCAUGCUUGACAUUUAUUUAUUCUAUAGUUUAACUGAUGCAAAAAUGUUUUUAAGAUUAAUGACUCUUUUGAAAUACACUUUUGUCCAUACA